AUGGGCGUGGCGUUCAGCUCCCUCUGGACCUCCUUGUUCGGGUCGAAGGAGCUAAAGAUUUGUAUUCUCGGACUGGACAACGCAGGCAAAACAACCCUAAUGUACAAAAUGACUCUCGGAUCAGUCGUUUCCACCGCUCCCACAGUCGGGUCCAACACUGAAAACUUCGAAUACAAAAACCUCAAAUUCACCCUAUGGGACGUUGGCGGCCAAACCUCGCUCCGUACAUCCUGGACCUCCUACCUGACCUCCACCGAUGCCGUAAUCUUCGUCCUCGACUCCAACGAUCGUGAACGGGCCUCUCUCGCCAGAGAAGAACUGCAUCGAAUAGCACAAGACGAACAGGUGACAAAAGCGCCGAUAAUGGUCUGGGCGAAUAAACAAGAUAUAAAGGGAGCAAUGACGCCGGCGGAAAUAAGUGAAAGUUUGGCACUGACAGCGUUUAGGGAGCGGACAUGGCAGAUUUUUGGCUGUAGUGCACUGACGGGAAAGGGACUGACGGAGGGUUUGGAUUGGUUGGCUGGUGUGUUGGGUGCGAAGGGGUAG